ACGCCAGAGGCGUGAUGCGCCGGCGGGAGCGGGAUGGAGCCGCGGAAGGGAAGCACCGAUAGUGCCCGUCGAUUCUCCGCCUUCGACCAAUCGAUCGCCGAGUCAUCAGUAUCGACGGCCCCCCAGCCGCGGACUGUGAACACAAAGGAGUAUGACUCUAUCUUGUAUGGCCCAGUUGUGGAUUAUUCCUUCAGAAGUUUGGAUUCUGUACAUGAUGCCAUUAAGCUGACGCCCCGGACGGGCGUGAAACCCAACGAGUUCACGGAGGAUCGGAAGAUGAAGAGCUGCUCGCUGCGGCUGAGCCACAACCGACUGAACGACCUGAGCGGUCUGAAGCAGCUGAUCGACACGUUGCUGGUGGAGCCACGCCGUCUCUUCUGGAUCGACCUCUCCUUCAACAACUUUGACCUCAUCGACCCUGUGCUGAUUUUGUGCAUCCACCUGCAAGUUCUGAACAUGCACGGGAACCAGGUGGCCAAGCUGUACGAGGUGGACAAGCUGGCGGUCCUGGCGCACCUGCGGAGCCUGACUCUGCACGGCAACCCUGUGGAGCUGCUCAAAGGAUACAGGAGCUACAUAGUGGGGAUGAUCCCACAGUUGAAGUCGCUGGACUACAGCACGAUCACCAAGCAAGAUCGCUCCACCGCUGCCGUCAUGAAGUCGUUCACCAGGCACAAGCGGCCGGCGCGGAGACGCUACGACGAGUAGCUCCCCACCCGAGGAGUGCCUGCCGCCCGCCCCGCCGUGCUCCGUCCCAUCGUGGCCGGUUCCCAGGCCGAGAGAGAGCAGGGAAGGGCCCGACUUUUUACUGCACGUUGCCCCCGCCUGAAUUUCAAUUAAAAAAAAGUCAUGAUGAUUGGUAUUAUC